GCAGCCCAGUGCAGAGGCCAUAUUGGAAUCUAUGAAGUCGGUUUGCACUUUGAUGGAAGUGAGAGCCUGUCGUUUUGGGAGUCUUUAAAUCGUUAUCCCGGAUCUCUACGCGAGUGAUUGACCCAGGCAUUCCACUCGAGGCCUGCCCAGUGUGGACGGAAAGUCGUCUCGCUCCCUUUGUGAAAAGAAUGAGUCCAACCGAUGCUAAACGAGGGGCUAAACGCAGGAAGAACAAGCGGGGCGGUGGCAGUAGCUGCAGUGCUGUCUGCAAUACCAACAGCGGCAAGGCCGGGGUUGCCUCGGCCCUGGGCUGUGCGGGAACAGCAACACCUGCGUCGGUCGUCAGCUUCUUAACACCUGGGAAUACAGGCAGCGGCAAUAUGGGUUCCAUUGCGGGCAUAAACGGAGAGGUCAAAGUGAACAACAGCAUUACACCCCAGUUUACUGAAGGACCAGUGAACGCAGACUUCUCCGGAGUUCUUCAGACCCCAUUCACAUUUGGCUUAAACCAGCGGGCUCCCUACACAACUAGUGAUCGCUGCCUUUUAUGCCGAUGUGAACGUAAAGACAGUAACCUGCCUUUAGAGCCUGGGAUCUCCGGCCAAAACGGUAUAACACAGCCCGCCAAAACACCCAGUGCCCUUCAGCUGCCCCUGUGGGUUUGUUCCGACUGCAGGCGUACUGUGGAGAAAGAGGAACGGCACACUGGUCUGGAGCAGUCAGUGGGGAACCAAGAUUUUCUUUUACACAUGCCUGUGGCUAAUGGAAAUCUGGGCCAGGAGGCAGCUACAGCAGACAGACUGACCACCGCUGCACCUACACUACCCAUGCUCCCUUCUCCAGACCUCAACACACCAAUGGCUCCUGAUACAGUGUGCAGUUGUGAAGCCUGCAAUGAGAGACGCGAGAUCUCUGCUGAGUCAGAGAGGGAGUCACAGCAGCUGCAGAACCACUGGUCAGAGGUUCGCUUCCUGGUGAGGUGCAUCUACCGUCAGACAGGAACAUCACUAGCCGAUGAUAACGAUCAGCCCCUAGAGAGGGACAAGGAGGGAAUGAAGGAACUGGUAGACAGACUCUGUGAGAAGGAUCCCUACCAGCUGUAUCAGCGCUUGGAGCAGCAGGCCCGCGAAUACGUCUUAGAAAUGAAGGUGCGGCUACUCAAGCACCUCUCUGCAGGCUCCAAGGCUGCUGCACCACCGGGGCCUGCGGCUGUAGCCCAUGGUCCUCCUCAGGCCCAUCAGUUCAUCUCCCUGCUGCUGGAGGAGUACAGUGCCCUCUGUCAAGCUGCACGCACCAUCAGCAGCUUUCUACUCACCCUGGAGAAUGAGCAUCUUCAGAAAUUCCAGGUGACUUGGGAGCUGCACAACAAGCACCUUUUUGAGAAUCUGGUGUUCUCUGAACCGAUCUUGCACAGCAGUUUACCUGCACUGGUUGCACAGCUGAAACAUGGCACUGCCUCCCAUGAUUCGUACAACGAAGACAUGUACAGAACCUUGUUAGAGAGCUACCAGCACUUACAGCAGGACAUGGCCUCUGUUGCUGCAGAAUGGCAGGAGUGUGAAAAGAGGAUUGAUGACUAUGUGGACGAACAGCUGCUAUUUAAGGUGGAGGGUCAGAGCCUCAGCAACCAAAGAACAGAGCCACACAAGUCGUUGAUUAGCAAAAAUACCCUGAAGACUAAACAGCGAAUGCUAAAGGAGGACUGGGAGUUCUUUAAGCAGAGGAGGUUUCUAGAAGAACAGUUGCCUAACAGUAAGAAGUCCCCUAGUGGAGAUAAUAACUUCACAGACACUAUGAGGAUGCUCUCAUCUCGUCUGAGUAUUCCAGACUGUCCAAACUGCAAUUACCGAAGACGGUGUACGUGUGACGACUGUAGCCUUUCACACAUCCUGACGUGUGGAAUCAUGGACUCUCCUAUCUCUGAGGAUCUCCACAUAAAGCUGCCAUUGCAAGGCGAACAUCCCCGGGAUUACCUAACAGAGGUGCACCCUCCCAGCCUCUCCUCCGGCAGUUCAGCAUCUGGCUCCAACUCUAGUUCUCCUAUCACCAUUCAGCAACAUCCACGGCUCAUUCUACCUGAAGGGGAUACCAACACCUUUAUUAGUGAUGAUGAUGAAGUGCCUCCAUUGUCUACUAAGUUUGGGGACAUCUACCCUAUUACUGGUUAUGAGGAGAACAGCGUUGUGACUCCAGCAGUAAACGGCCUCCACGGUGAUGUUAAUGGCGAUGGGGGAAAUGUUUCACUAAAGGCAGGGUCUCCUCAUAUUACCAGCAGCAGUAGUUCAUCAGAGGGUGACGAGGAGGAAGCUGAUGGUGAGGGUGGUGGGAAUCCCCCGGGCCAACAGGAAGAGAAUUCCACAGGAAAGACAAACAGUCUUCCAUCCUCUUACAACCAUCAACAGGUAGAACAGGUCCAGCAUGCCUGCGAGUGCCACGUGUGCAACCAAGACCUCAGCUCCUCCACCUUGGGCCCUGCCACAUGCUUGCCCCCGAGCAGACUGCACGCUGCUCCCCCCCCUACUGUUGGACACCAGUUCUUUACAGACAACAAGACGCCCCCUGCUCACCCUGCCCUCCAUUUGUACCCUCACAUCCACGGCCACCUGCCUCUACACAACUUCCCCCGGCCACUUCUUCAUCCCACACUCUACCCCCCCAGUCCUCCGCUUACACACAAGCCCCUGCCCCCAAGCCCGACAUCAAACCACUCGUCAGCCAAGCAGCCAGCGUUCAGCCCAUCGUUAUCAGAAAACAUCUAUCAGAACUGCUUUAGCAGUGCGAGCGGGGCGGGCGACUGGAACAGCUCGCUGCAGUGCCUGUCACUUAAGUUUGAGAACCUGUGGGAUGCUGCUGUGAUGAAAAGCUGGAAUCCAUCCGUGCUGUUGCCAGAGUCCCUGCCAGGUGACAUGCUAGGACCACCCCUCGCUGAUGUUCCCCUCCCUCCAGCGUCAUCAACCGGUCCCCAAGGCGAACACAUGUCACCCCUUACACCUCUUCCAACUUCUUCCUCAUCAUUAUCCACAUCCUCAUCUUCAUCAUCGUCGUCGUCAACAUGCUCCUCUUCAGAAGCCAAAGAGCAGAAGAAGAACGGCGCGAAGAAGAAGUGUCUCUACAAUUUCCAGGAUGCCUUCAUGGAGACCAACCGUAUAGUGAUGGCCACCUCUGCCUCUACAUCCUCUGUGUCCUGCACUGCCACCACUGUCCAGUCAAGUAAUAACCCCCCCAUCCACCUACCAUCUAAAAGACCCAACUCUUUAGAUGAUGUUUUUCACAAUCUAGGUAAAGAGGACCACCGGCAAGCCACCCCAUCCGCCCUCAGAAACGGCUCCACAGGACUGACCUCCCUCCCUCCGCUCUCAGGCCCCGCUUUGCCGCCAGCACCCACCACACACCUUCCCACCAUGGCAUCGCAACCCUUUCCAAAGAUGGCCGCUCCAGCCCCAGACUUUGGAGAAGCCCAUCAGGGUUUGUGUCUCCCACCUGCAGAGCCCCCAGCCCCCUGUGCAGAUGGUCCAAUCAGCGCUCCACCAAGUGUCUGCAGUGACCCUGACUGUGAGGGCCAUCGCUGUGAGGGUAACGGGGCAUAUGACCAUCAGCCAUAUGAUGGGGAAGAGAGUCAGGAUGAAGACAGCUGCUCGGAGCAUAGUUCUUCCACCUCCACCUCAACCAACCAGAAAGAGGGAAAGUACUGUGACUGCUGCUACUGCGAGUUCUUUGGUCACGGCGGGCCCCCAGCUGCUCCUACUAGUCGAAACUAUGCAGAGAUGCGGGAGAAGCUGCGCUUACGUCUGACAAAACGCAAGGAAGAGCAGCCAAAGCGUGAAGAGCUGCAGCCGGUAAUAGAGCGUGAUGGAGGGGUGGAGGACCACAGGCGGGUGGAGGACCUGUUGCAGUUCAUCAACAGUGCUGACAAUAAACCUGCCUCCAGUUCUAAAGCGGCCAAACGGGCCAGGCAUAAACAGAAGAAGAUGGAGGAGAAAGCUCGUCAGGAGGCAGAGGCCCGUGAAAGGGAAGAGCAGCAGCUGUUGGAGGAGCAGCAACGGCGGCAGCGGCAGGAAGAGGAAGAAGCAGCGCUUCAAAAAGAACUGCUUCGGCUGCAAGAACUGCAGCAACAUCGUGCAGCCAAAAAGAAAAAGAAAGAAAAAGCAAAGGAGAACACCGCCCCUCCUCAGAACAACCCACAGCCCCUCAAACAGACAGCUCAGAACGUCCUAGAUAAUCUUCAGAACGGAAAGUCUCAGCUGCUUCAAACCCUCAUUCACCUUCCUGACCAGAGGGAAGCCAGAUACCACCAUGCACCUCAUCCCAUUUCACAACACAGCCCAAAACGCACCAACGACAAGGGAUUCUCUGAGAAUAACAUCCCUAACUCUUCAGCCACCCUUCAAAACGGCACAUCGACUUCUUACAUUGAAGUCAGCAGUAAGGUUAAGUCCAAGCAAUCAGCUAAGGGAGGCACCUGUGAGGCUGCAGUAAAUAGAGCUCCAGAGUUACCCAAGCGCCCCAGUGUGAGCGCUAAGCUAGCGAAUGGAACCAGCCCCGCCGCUACAGAAGACGCCAAAGCAACGCGAACCAGGCCUGCUGAAGCCCUAGCUCCACUCCCAACCGCCGAACAGCGGAGGGAGGACAGAAGCAACAACAGAAGUGCCAGUGUGAAAAGGCAGCAGCCGCAGCAACAACCCUCCCUGACCCAAGUAAAGGAAGAUAGAAGUCCACUUGUGUCGAACCCUUCCCCAUCUCCCCCUCCAGCCCCGCAGCCUGAGCAGAACCAACAGAACGGUAAACCUCCCAGUGCCGAGUCCCCACAGCCUAAAGGCAAGACCAAGAACAAGAAGAAGAAGAAGGGCGACAAGAUGAACAGCUCAAUAGACGAUGUAUUCUUGCCCAAAGACAUUGACCUGGACAGCACUGAAAUGGAUGAAACCGAGAGAGAGGUGGAGUAUUUCAAAAGAUUCUGCUUGGAUUCGGCUCGUCAGACCCGCCAACGACUUUCCAUCAACUGGUCAAACUUUAGUUUGAAGAAAGCAACAUUUGCUGCACACUGAAGGUGUCAGUGAGUGACUGUUGGGACACAAUCAGUACCUUAACCACACGUUUCCCCUCCACCCACCCGCCCCUGUACCUCGGCCUCCCAGAACUUCUUUCCCGCUGUGCCCAAACACACCCACGCUGCCUUGCUUUGUUCUUGUCUCUGUGUGAUUCCAACACAGACCCAUCUGGACUGAUCCACAUGCAGAACUAAAACGAAACAAAAUGACAAAAUGCUACUUCACAUCUGAUUUGUUUUCCUUGUGUGCUUGUGUGCUUUUAGUCUGAGCUGGGCAUUCGUCUUGACUCAUGAAGCCAUGAUCGGAAAUUAUUUUCUUAUAUUGGCUUACAUGUAGUCAAAAGAUGCUACUGUGUCUGGUUGGUUUCCUUCCAAAAAAAAGAGACGAUGGAAACUGCAAAAAAUGAGAAAUGUAAUAAUUAAAAGCUGUAUUUGAGGUAUUGUGGCUUACUAUCCCAUCAUUUCCCCGUCCUAGCACGGCGUGUCAUCCACAGUUGACAAGGGAAUGGGCUUGGUCAGCUGGUCUCCACUCCUUGACCCCUCCCCCACCACCACAACCACCUUCACCACCACCACCCUCCCCCCGUUUCACAGAAAGGAGGAAGGCGUUAUACUUGACAAUGUUCUUUUUUUAUUUUUAAGUUCUGUUUAACAAACUGUUGAGUAAAAGUGUACCAGUUACAGUUUUGUUUUUCUUUCUUUUUGACCUGUAGCCGGCUUGUAUCCGAGUACUUUCAGAAUGAAAUUGAAAAAGAACAAUACUCACACUAUCAAUCUGUUAUAGAGUGUAUAUUGUAUUAACACUGAAGCCAAACUGGCUACUUUUAACAUAUUGUUAAGUAAUAUUAAAUCUUGUCUUUCUUUUUGAAAGAUGGAAUACAGUAGUAUGGCAGGA